AUUUGUUAAUUUGUUUCACUGAAAUUGGUUACACUGUAAAUGGAGGCAUUGGUCGCCUCAAUAUCUAUCGAUACGGCUACAAUUCUAUGGCUCCGACGGCGGAGAUUACGCUUACGGAGGCGUGUUAUCAAAGAGCAAAAUAUAUAAAUAUAAAAUGCUGUUUCAUGUUUAAUAAUAAGACUCCACAAGCGUCAUGGUGUACGGUGUAUUCAGUAUUGAUACAACUUGGCAGCGUUUUCCGCCGCCUAAAUUGAGGCAUGAGUUGGCUCACGGUACGGCAUAAAUAAAAAACAAUUUUAUCGUUAUUUUUUUCCCCCUAGCCGUUUAUAUGACGUACAUAAUAAUAUUAUCUAUUAUUUGGUCGCACGAGAGUUAUUUACGACAGCCGUCGUCAGCGCUGAGCGCAACUAGCUCUGUGCAGAGUAUGCGUUCGAUGUCGGCACUUGGCACCCUGCCAUCGGCUUUAUCUGAUGUCUGUACGCCGCAACGAACGGUCGUCACAAGAUCGGUUGUCGACUACGACGCAGACUUAAGUUCAUUGUUCAGAGAGUUGUUGUUCGACGUGAGCGCUUGACAAUGUUGCCGUCAGACGGAUUCUUCCGGAACGUCUACUUCCAGCCUUACAAUGACCGGGGUUCAGCGAGAGUAAUAAAUUCCUCCAAGAAUAGUAAACAUUUUGUACAACGACUUGGCUUGGAAAAAACUUUGGAAAUCCAUCAAGGAUGUGUAAAUUCUGUGAAUUGGAAUGAUUCUGGAUCGUUAUUACUUUCAGCUGGUGAUGAUUAUCAUUUAGUAAUUACUAAUCCAUUUACACACACAGUAUGUGUUGAUUAUAAGACACAGCAUAAAACUAAUAUUUUUUGUGCUAAAUUCUUACCUACUACAGACAACCGUGUCAUUUCAUGUAGUGCAGAUGGUGCUGUGCUUAAUCUUGAUUUGGAAAAAUUAAAGGAGACUGAGCAAAAUUUUUUUUAUUGCCAUAGUGCCCCAUGUUAUAAACUAGAAACAAUACACGAUGAACCUAAUAUAAUUUUAAGCUGUAGUGAAGAUGGUACAGUUCGUCAAUAUGAUCUCAGAACUAAUGUUAAAUGUACUAAACGGAGUUGCGAUGAUAAUAAAUUAGUUGAUUGCGGUAUACCUGUUUCCACCAUUGCCAUAAGCCCAGUUAAACCUUAUCAACUUGCUAUUGCCACAGUAGAUGGUAUGGUUAGGAUAGUUGACAGAAGAAAAAUUAUGAAAAAUGGAUUAUUUCAAAAAAUUGAAACCGAAUUUGCCUUUACUGUUCCUAGUUUAAGUCAUCGUGCUUAUCGUAUAACAUCACUGGCAUACUCACCUGAUGGCAGAGACGUGCUUGCGAGCUAUUCCAAUGAGGAUAUAUAUCUAUUUAGCCUUCAUAAUAACCCUUAUUUUUGUACGGAUAACUGUGCAAAUGACUUUUUAGAAAAUCCACCAAAUCCACCACCAUACAGGCGAAUAAGAUUAAAAGGUGACUGGGGAGACACUGGACCUUUAGCUCGACCAUUUACUGAUAAUUUUUUUAGACCAAGAACACGGUCUGAGGCGUCUGUGGAUGUAUUGAGUGACAUAUUAAUUGAUGUGUUUAAUACACCAUCAUUAAUUUCUGUUGUUAUGCAAAAUCCGAGAUCAAAUUAUUCUCCAGAAGUUACAGCAUCCUUGAGACGUAUUUUAAGUAAAAUUGUACAACAAGGUGAAUUUAUUGUUCCUAGCCAUAUUUUUACUAACUAUUUGGCUAUUGAAAAUACCAACUCAAAUGAAAAUAAUAUUGUUCCAUCUACUUCAAAUAGCAAUAACCAAAGAGAUGAAAAUAGAGUAAAUAUUUAUAAAAAACCUCCAGUAUUUGAUGAUUUUAUUAAACUUCAAUCAAUCAAAAAACGGUAUAGAGGUCAUAGAAAUACAAGAACUUUAUUCAAAGAAGCAACAUUUUGGGGCAAUGAUUUCAUUAUGUCUGGUAGUGAUUGUGGACAUUUGUUUGUAUGGGAUCGUUACACAUGUGAAAUAGUGAUGUUGCAAACGGCAGAUAGCCGUGUGGUUAAUUGUAUUCAACCACAUCCUAGUAGGCUUUUACUUGCAACUUCUGGUGUUGAUCAUAAUGUUAAGCUUUGGAGUCCACAAUCCGAUAUUUAUAAUAUGAUUCCUGAAUUAUAUAUAAAAGAGAUUGCUGAAAGUAAUACAUUAAUGGUGGAACAAUCCAGGGAUACAAUUACUGUGUCUCCAUUAAUCAUAAUGCGAAUGCUUCUUUAUUUCAAUAAACUUGGACAAAGUGGAUUUUUGGACAGAACGAAUACCAUCGAAUAACUUAAUUAGAUAUCAUCUAUUGUAUGUAGUGACACCAAAACCCAGUUUUUUUUUAAAUGUAACAGUUUGUUUUGAUUUUUUUUUGUCUAAAAUAAAUGUUUUUUUAACUGA